AUGGAUGGAUGGAUGGAUGUAUUACCUUUAUUCUAUGUGCUGAACUCCUUCACUGCAGCACUGCUACUGUGCUCCGGCUCUUAUUUGUUCUUUGUAAAAGUAACAUUCGGAGUCCUUGAUCUUUACAAUGUAACUAAAUUCCCUUGUGCUUUUCCUUCUGUAGUUCUAUCUGAACCCUUUAUAUUUAGUAAAGAAAGAUCUAAAUUCAGAACAGUUUUAGCUACCCAGACUGUUGAAACUACCAAAGUUUCAUUCAGAAGUAAGAAACCUAAAGAAAUUAAUGUUUUGGUUGUGGGUUCAACUGGUUAUAUUGGGAAUUUUGUAGUUAAAGAGUUAAUUUCAAGGGGGUUUAAUGUUAUUGCCGUUGCAAGAGAAAAAAGUGGGAUAAGAGGCAAGAACAGUAAAGAAGAGACUCUGGGAUUGUUGAAUGGUGCAAAUGUUUGCUUUUCGGAUGUUACAACGUUGGAAUCUUUGGAGAAAAGUGUCGGAAAUCUCGGGGUUCCAAUCGAUGUCGUUGUGUCUUGUCUUGCUAGUAGGAGUGGUGGGGUGAAAGACUCAUGGAAGAUAGAUUAUGAGGCCACGAGAAACAGUCUUAUUGCUGGUAGGACAUUUGGGGCUGCACAUUUUGUUUUGUUAUCUGCCAUUUGUGUGCAGAAGCCCCUUCUUGAAUUUCAGCUUGCGAAGUUGAAAUUCGAGGCCGAGUUGAUAGAAGAGGCUAAACGGGAUAAGGGAUUUACGUAUAGUAUUGUUAGGCCGACUGCAUUUUUCAAGAGCUUAGCAGGUCAGGUUGAACUGGUGAAAGACGGAAAACCAUAUGUGAUGUUUGGGGACGGAAAACUAUGUGCUUGCAAGCCAAUAAGUGAGCCAGACUUGGCUUCGUUUAUUGCAGAUUGUGUGUUGAGUGAAGAUAAGAUUAACCAGAUUUUGCCAAUUGGAGGACCCGGUGCAGCAUUGACGCCAUUGGAGCAAGGGGAAAUGUUGUUUAAACUUUUAGGAAAAGAACCUUAUUUCAUCAAAGUACCAAUCCAAAUAAUGGACUUUGCUAUUGGAGUUCUUGAUUUCCUUGUGAAGAUAUUUCCUUCACUGGAAGAUGCAGCCGAGUUUGGGAAGAUUGGAAGGUAUUAUGCAGCCGAGAGUAUGCUGGUUUGGGAUCAAGAUGCUGGAGAAUAUGAUGCUGAGAGAACUCCGAGUUAUGGGAAGGACACACUUGAAGAAUUCUUUGGGAGAGUACUCAAGGAAGGAAUGGCUGGUCAGGAGUUAGGGGAGCAAACAAUUUUCUAA